CAAGUCGCGUAUAAACUCCGCAGCAAUAUGGGACGGCAGCCUUCUAGUUUAAGCUGUCAUACUUGCAGAAAACGCCGAAUCAAAUGUGACGCCAAGAAGCCCGUAUGUAGCCAAUGCGAAAAGUCAAGAUAUGAAUGCCUUGGAUACGAUCCCAUGCUUCGACUCGAAAACUUUGGAGUUGGCGUGGGAACACAACCGGGCCGCCAGAGAUUGGUCAAAAUAAGCCAAUUCAAUUCUUAUCCAGUCAACGCCCCAACCAAGACUCAUGAUACUAUUUCGUCACAUGGCCGUACCAAGUGUCGCAAACAGAAAGGCCGGGGCCAACAGACAGCUGAUAACUCUGCCAAUUUAACGACGGACUCAACGACUACAGAGACGGAAGACCCAAGACUGACGCUGUCACAUCGCCUAGCAAGUUGGCCUAUCCAACCAAGCCUAGAGCCGUUCACCGACAAUGUUACUUUCUCCUACUUUUUUGAUGCCUACAGCUGGAUUAACGUACACAGCAUUCUCCUCCAAGAUACACCGAUGCGUCAGCAUCUCGCUCAGCAAAGCGACGAACUUUGCUAUGAUAGCCUUCGCGCUCUGACAUAUGGAAUAUUUGGUCAAGAUCACCAAGUAGACGGUUUGAAAAGAACAGCUCGCCGCAUCUACGGCAAAGUUCUACAGCAACUGCAGUCGAAGCUUGGUACCGCAUCGAAAUCGGAACUAGCUUCCCUCAUUAAACCCAUAUCUAUUAUGGGAUCUUAUGCAAUUACCGUUGAGUCUGAUCUUCGCUUCGUACACCAUCAAGGGCUGGCUCGUAUUCUUGAAUUCUGUGGUGCUGAAUAUUUUCAAGACUCAAAAAUAUUGCCAGUGUUUGAAUCUUGCAGAUUCACAAUUAUUGCAAAUGCGCUCGUUCAGAGAAAAAACACCCUCAUCAGUGAAGAGAGAUGGAAGUCAGUACCAUGGGCGCUACGCCCCGACGUGAAGACACAUACGAGCAAACUGCUCGAUAUUAUAUCCGACUUUCCUGGAGUCAUCCAGAAGAUGGACAAGAUUCUAAACGAACGUUCUCAAUGGGUCGCAGGUGAUACAAGUAUAAUUCGAGAGGAGACACCAAACUCUAUACCUGAUUUACAGAAGCAACUGGAGUCUAUUUACUUGGACCUACUCGCGUGGCGAUAUCACUGGUUUCAUGAUAAUUAUCCUGUCGCACAAGAAAUCGUGGACUGGGCGCUCUUCAGAGUCAGUGAUGAAUCACAUCGACCAGGCAUUUAUACUCCAGACGUUUAUGGGCUAAACAUGGGCACGGCUGCCAGCCUAGACGUUCCUUUUGGACUAAAGGCUUCUACUAACAAAGAACCUGAAGCAAACGCUAAAACAUUUGCUUUGAUGCAAGAAGCUACGCUGUAUUUAACGGGCCUUAUUUGGGUGGAACGUAUGCGAAAAAAUCUUGCCGGUGCUGCUCGAGCUUCAGAUGCUAUUGACUUUUACAAUGCAUCGUUUUUCUCAACAUGCCGCUGUUAUUAUGACAAUCUUGGACCGUCUAGGCAGCUUUGCCAGGUAUACCCAGAGCCCAACGAGAAUAUGGAAACAGCGGCAUCUUGGAAUAUUUACACCGCCAAAAUAUCCGAAUCGCCGAUUAGGUCGUUAAGCUACGACGAUAGCAAGGCUUCUCCCAUUACCACAAUUCACAAUUCUUACCCAAAUCCUUUAGCUAUCAGCAAUGGAAUGAUGCUUAUUCCCGGCGACGGUCGCUUCGUGGGUCAGUUGCGAGUACUAAGCUGGCUAGUUAAACAGUUACCCAACAGCAGAGCUUAUGUUUUAGGCACGCUUGCGGCAAUGGGAUUGAGCCACUGUGUUCACGACGUUCGUCCGUCAGAAGGGAACGAGGAUAUUGCAGAGACUAUUCGUGAAACUAUGAAGAAAACGAGAUAUGGAGAUGCAGCGAAUAUCCUGUUAAAACAGUAUCGGUAGUAGAUCUACUCUACCGAUUACAUUAAGCAGAGCCAGGGGUAUAUGGACAUUAUAAAGUCGCUGUUUCAUCAUGUGUUAUUCUCUAUAUUCGAAAUGGCUUGCAGAGACGAUAUCCUUUUAUUACAGGAACGUAUUACAUGUAUUCAUGGUUGCACUCAUGUCUCGGCUGAAACGUGCUGUUACCUAGGACUGGCCUCUCCUGACAUGCUGGGCUCCAAUAUUUCGGUAUCCAUAACGAAUAAAGCCCUCUCUCUGGCG